CGGACUGGCCGGAUCUGGAUACAGCUUGUGGUAAAGUCGGAUUUGGCAUUCGUUGAGGAAGCCGUGGCCAGUAUGGCGAGGAGAGAGAUACACGAAUUCCUCACUGCGGCGAGUUAGAAGUAGCAGACGAACAUGUGGGCUGUGGGCUUAGUUGUAUAUACAUGUAUAUAUAUUACUAAGGGGAUAUCAUUUGAGGGAAAUCUGAUACCAUCGUUGCUGGAUAGGGCCCACCUGGAUUUCUUUACGAAUGCCGUUGAUAUUGCUUGGUCACAUGAGCGAUCAAGUACCGUAUUGAGCAGCAACUAUAGGCAUGAUACUUCAUGGGUUUGCUCAAAGGUCACAUCAAAUAUAAAAUUACCAUAUUAUCAUUGAUUACUAGGCUAUAUUAUGACAUAUUACUCGCCCAGUGCAACAAUAAUUGAUUAUGUCGGCCUGCCUCAUUGGCUGGCCCGUUACCAGCUUCACCUUAUUAUCUAGCUAAUGCCAUAGACCAAUUAUUUUUCCGCACUUUUUCCACAUUUACACAUUUCCUUGGUAACGCUGGUUGAGAUCGAUAGGGUAUAAUCAUGGUGAGUUGGUCAAACAACAGCUGGUGUGGAAAUUUCAUUAACGCCCAGAGCACCACAUUUCUCGAGGGCAUUCCGAUUCGAGGAAGAAUUUCCGGGAAAUGUCAUCCAUAUUUUCGAGGUCAUCUCGCUAUCCCAGGAAAAUGGCAAAACUCUGCAUUAAAACCACAACUAACGUACACUUGCAUACGUCUCUUUGCUUAUCCAACUAAAAUUGCACUGAAUGAUAAUUUUUUGGGAAACUGUUGAGUCAUUCAUACCCGAGAAUAUAGGGGGGAAAGUGAGAAGAAAACGUCCUGAGGGGUUAAAUCGAAAACAAAGAACAUGACAUUACUUUUUUCGAUCAGUUGUUUAAUUAACAUGCAAAUAGUCAUUCGAUCAGAUUACUUCCUGUGUUCACUGUACACGCAAUGUUCCAUUGUCCUAAUAAGACAUCAGCUGAUUAUCCGUCUCGGCGUCUAUCACGAAAUGCAUUGUUUCAAUACCUACUACCCCACUCCAUCCUGAACUUCAGGCCGCCGACACCACCGAGCUCAGUAGCGUGUGCGAGGGGAGGAUACGCACUCUGGUUUUUCGAGGAUAACCCUUCCCACGUGUCCGUACUUUAUCUUCCAAAUCGUGACGAUUCUUUGCACUGACCAUGCCAAGUAGCAAUUGGGAGGUUUAUAUUUUGACCGAGAACGAUAGUGGGUUUGUACUCAGUGGUAUAACGGAAUUACUAGCAUUUUGUAUAUGUUUCCUAUAUCACUGCUGAUAUAUUAGGUAACGUGUACGAUGCCAUUGUUCCAUUGUUGAUUCGUGGAUUGCGGCUUGAUUGUCUCGAAUGGUACGCUUACAAGGCCACUCAGUACAUGUGUAUAAUAGUAAUACUGAUAUACGUGACUGUGUCGCCAAGUUUCGGGGGUUUGUUAAAGCCGCAAGUCAUCCGAUGAGUUGACGACUCAUAUUCGUACUCGCUUCACCUGAACUUCACCAGUGCUUCGUCCUUUCCGUCUUUAACUCUUCUCUUGAGUUGGUGAAAUUUUCACCAAAUUUGGGCGCUUUAGAAAUGUCAUAUUUGAUUGAUUGAUUGAUUCAUCAUUUCAGGAUCAUUUCGGACUAAUUCAACGCAUUUGACCUGAAAACAUGGUCGCAAGGUCACUGGACGCAAAGACGACCCACGUGGUUUGGAUUGCUUGUAAGACCACUGCGGGACUUUCUCUAACAUGUCUGAGACUGUCGCCUCAUCUUCUGUGAUAAGAGGAUGACAGACAAGGGUCGUCUGCGGUGCUGUAUUAUAAAUAGACUCACAUCAGUUACGUGUUUAGGUAAAACUGGCUCGUUCUCUACUGACACUUAGAUAGGGUACCCCACCAUCCAUCUUUACAGAUCUUCGGUAUUCCUUGCAACGUAUGAAACGAACUGUCGUGGAAAUUCUGAUCUCCACAUUCCUACAGCCCGGUGGAUAAAUUAAUAAGGUCUCCCGUUACCAUGGUUACUGCCAAAAUCUAUUAAACUCUCACAGUAACAAUAUCUGAAUCUUCCCGAGCACGUUAAGACAAUGUCCGCCAAAAUGCUGGGGAACCUCUUCCAGUAUAGAUACGUCUUACUGGUCACGUGCUUCACUCAUAUGGCGAUCUUAGCAGCAAAUCUAUACUCUGUCGGCAUAUACUACGUCAGUUGGAUUGACGAGUUCAAGGUCGGAAGUGGAAUGACGUCAUGGAUUGGAGCCGUCCUCAUUGGAUCAUUGACAGUUGUUGCGCCCUUAUCAGGCUACAUGACCGGGAGACUGGGGUACCGGAAGACGUGUCUCAUUGGUGCCGUCCUAUCUUCCUCGGGAGUCCUUGGAUCGGCAUUCUCAACCAAUGUCUAUACACUAUUUGCUCUCUACGGACUCGUAUUUGGUUUCGGUAUGGGCAUCACCUUGGUUCCAUCAAGCACCGCCGUGGCCUUCUACUUCAAGAAACGUGCCAGAGUCUUAUCAGUAGGGCUCGUCACCUGCGGGAGUGGAUUUGGGGCUUUCCUCAUGCCCUAUGUCAUCAAUGCAUGUCUGGCAGAGUACGGGUGGCGAGGAACUUUACUCAUCAACACUGGCAUUAACCUCCACCUGUUCGUUACUGGAGCUUUGAUUAGGACGCCACCAGAAAUGAUACGCGAGGAACUGGCCAUGUGCAGGACAUCGUUUCGGAGGAUGGGCUUUGUUUUGCUGCUCAUCCACCACAGCCUCGUUGGGGCCGGGAUCUCCAUAGUCUACAUCCACAUCAGCGCCAUGACAGAGUAUCUGACCGGAGUCUCCCGAGAAUUCAGCAACUUGAUCCUCUCCGCCAUAGGCCUGGCCAACCUCUUCGGCCGGGUCUUUACCUCCGCUAUCGCCAACUGUCGCUGCCGGGGGACGGACCCUCUCAUCAUGUCCUACUGCUUCUCAGCCUUGAUGGGAGUGACCGCCUUACUUCUGCCCCUCCUCUCCUCCUACGCUAUGGUCGUAACCUGGGCCAUAUCCUUUGGCUUCUUUUUGGCGCCAAAUACGUCACUCGCGCAAAUCGUUGUGUUGAACUUUGUAGACAUUAGCGAAGUGAAUGCUGGGUUAGCCUACGUCCUGUUAUCACAGACGUUUGGGUAUGUGAGCGGACCACCCAUAGCAGGGGCUCUUUAUGAUGCGACAGGUGACUACGGCUGGUCAUUCUAUCUGGGCGGAGCCUGCAUCCUGGCUGGAGUGUUCAUCUUUACCUGGCCUCUUAUUGUCCACUGCCGGCAAGGGAAGGAUAUAAUUGUUGAAGAGGACAUGAAAGAGUCGCAAUAUCUCGGGUCCCAUCUUGGGCUUGGUAGCGCGAUGCUGGUUGGAAGCCAUGUUAACAUACCUGGAGACGACCACGCUUCUGAGCCAAUGGUGAAUGGCGUCAAGACAAUCAGGCCAGGAGAAAUCUAGGGGACAAUUGGCACAUUUACAUCCAAAAUAAUUAUACGAUAGUAGUCCGACCCGACUCAGAUCAGAAGGAAAUCUGUGUUAGUUUCGUGUCAUGGUGGUGGAGGUACUGGUGCAUUUUCCUUCAAAGGUUAUGGGUUUUUUACAUGAUUGUUAUUUUAAUAAACGGAUGCAUAUUUUAGAUUUUUCUGUGUAACUUUACUUUCUCAGGAAUGCUUGUCUUUUGGUCCUUCACGGAUACUUCAGAUACAGAAAAUGGAAUGCCUCAUCAUACCACCGUCACGCCGUACAGAUUAAUCCAAAUUGUAAUCUAUUGAUAAGCUGAC